AUGAAGUCUGGGGCGAGGUCAGCGUUAACAAGUGUACUGUACAACGGUGGUUCAAACGAUUUCGGGAGGGAAACUUCAGCCUUGAAGACAAAGAAGGUCGUGAAAGGACUUCCUCUCUUGAUGACGAUUUUCCCAAGGCUUUGGUGGAAGAAAACCCCAGAACAACUGUUCGAGAACUUGCAGGGGAAAUCAACCUUAGCAAAUCGACCAUCGAUGACCACCUCGAGGCGAUUGGAAAGCCAACCUCGCUACAUCCUUAAUGUCGAUACCCAAUUCUUCGAGGAAGCUCCUUGUUCUUUUUGGAAUUGUUCCGCGAGACUCAAACCAGAGGUCCCUCACGGUGAAUUCUCUCUCUCCGAAGGUCUCACGGAAUUUCUCUUUUAG